AUGGGCUCGAAUUCUGAAAAUUCGCUGUAUCCACAACGAAGGAAUUUCCGAAAAAGAAGUUACAAACAACUGCAUCCAUACAAACUGGAUAAAUACAUUGCUGAGAAACAGGGAGUUCCUGUUUACGUUGACAAUAAUCCAGGUCUUGGAAUGAUAGACGAUAGAGAAGAGGAGAAUGAAACUGAGACGUAUAGAGGUGAUUCUUCUUCUGAUGAUAAUGAGCCUAUUUUAUCAGAUAAUGAUAAAGAAAAUCGAUAUGGCUUUAACGACGAGGAAAGUGACGACAGCAAUGGAUCGGAUAUCUCUUCGACACUAUCAUCACUGCCUUCGCCCAAAUUUAAAACUCCGCCAUCAAAAAAAAUCCGACGUUCUAGCCCGCGUCCGUCACUUAGGAAAAUAUUAUUGAAAGAGAUUGAAUAUCUCGAAGAUAAUUCUGAUGCUGAUGAUGAUUUAAUAUCACUUUCAUUACCGCCUCAAAGAACAUAUAAUUUCUCAAAAACAUCAUCAUCUAAUAUAAAACAAACAUCGUCACAGCAACCAUUGCCACCACCACCAAAGAAAACGGAACUAGAAAUGUAUCAAAAGAUCCCGCAAUUCAAUGAAAGUACAUUUCAAAAUUACUUUGAAAGUUUCAAAACACGCGUAAAAAAUCAAAGUCAACACGACAAUUGGGACUCAUGUAUCCUACGACACGUUGGAACCUUGUCAUCGCGUGUUCAAGAAUUUCAUUCCGAAGAUGAUCCCGUGGAUCGAGCACUGGGCAACUGUUGCGAAGUGUUUUGCUUUUUGGCCGGGAACAUUCCCAGAUACAUUCGUCCGUUGUCGAUAUCUGAGAGUAUUGAGCAAUUUGAUUUGAUAAUGUCUAGUAAAAAAUUUGGGGGCGCAUCGUUAUUGAAACGCUCGUAUUACUUGAAAUAUGCCAAAGAGCUGGUGAUGUUGAUUAAAAAACGAGGUGCAAGCGAUAUGGAGUUUCUCAAAGUAUGUCAUUUGAUUUGGUCGCGUUUCAAAUCUAUUAUUGGGGAUUAUAUUGUUUAUAAAAGUGCGAAAGAGGCUUCAUCCUACCAUCUUAUGGAGAAGUGUCUGAUAAAAGGAUUGGAAUCAAUGGAAACUAUUUUACACGGCGUCGAUGUUGUGCAAGAUGCUCAGGAAAAUCGAAUCUUAUUUGCGGAUUUAAGUCGUCGGCUAUAUAACCUGAUUAACUUUAUUUUCAAUAAAGAUAUCAGAAAGGAAAGGUAUCAAGAGACGCAUAUUGAAUUACGACUAAAAUCUGUUGCCUUUUUCGCUGAUCUUGCGUGGAAUAUUAAUGACUGGAUUCGCGGAGAAUACAGCUAUCGAUGGAAUCAUAACACAGAUACGCGUCGACAGAUCUCAUUAAUUUUCUGUGCAAAUUUGAUAAAAAAGAAAGACACCGGCGACAGUAUAUUCUUGUCGUUCAAAGACGAAUUCAUCGACGUAUGGUUUGAGACAAUUCUGAAUGACACUGAAUAUCUACAAGAGACGCAACGCGACUACAGCGAAAAGCUGAAGCGAUUAAUACGUAAUCAUUAUAAUAAUGAUUCUACUAGCGAUCAUUUCCCGGAUCAUGCCAUUUUUGAGAAAUGGGAUUGGUUUGGAGGGUGGCGACAAAAAGUCGAAUCACUUAAUUGUUUAUUUGGUGCUAUUAAGGCACGGUGUAGUAUCGCGUCAAAGAGCUGGGAGAGAAAAAGUUUCGAAUUAGACCAUCAAGAAGACGUCGAAAAUCUGAAAAUAAUUGCGACAAGAGUUCGUAGUGAAUUGUCGCAUCUUGUCAUAAUUCCUGUAUAG